UCCCAUCUACUUAAGGUGAAGCAACCCAAAAAGGAGAGAAGUGGCGCGAGUCUGUGUCUAGGGUUUUUUGAUCUGGGCCUCUUCAGAAAGCAAGCGACUACGAUGGUAUUUUCUGUUGGGAGGAGAAUUCCACGUUGUCAAAUCCAAAAUGGGUGAGUUCUUGAAACCUUUGGGGUUUAUGUUGGAUUCUGAACCAGGUCUUCUUUUGUAGCAUAUUUCCAAAACCCCAAACCAAGAACUAGUUCUCUAAAUUUGCAAGAUCUGUGACUAGAUUAUGAAAUCUGAGGAGAUACCCGAAUAGAAAUUUCUCUGAGCUCGUGAUUACCAUCCAAAUCCUUUUGAAGCUCAGAACUUUGAUAAUUUCCCGGCGGUCAAGAUCGUUGUGGCUUGUUUUAUCUCAUUGCAAAUCCAUACAAAUAAAGAUCUGUGACUGGAUUAUUAAAUCAAAGGAGUGAUUUGAAACACGACAGGUAAAAGUUUUCUGAGUUUCUGAUUAUAAUUCAGAUCCCUGUCGAAGCUUAGAACUUUGAUGAAUUCACUACGGUCAAGGUCCCUGUGGCUUGUUUCAUCUCAUUGCAAAUCCAUGGAAGCAGAGAUCUGUGACUGGAUUAUUAAAUCUGAGGAUUGAUUCAAAAUCCAAAUGGUCAAAGUUUUCUGAGCUUCUGAUUAUAAUUCAAAUCCUUUUCGAAGCUUAGAACUUUGAUGAAUUCACUACGGUCAAGGUCCCUGAGGCUUGUUUCAUCUCAUUGCAAAUCCAUGGAAGCAGAGAUCUGUGACUGGAUUAUUAAAUCUGAGGAUUGAUUCAAAACCCGAAUGGUCAAAGUUUUCCGAGCUUCUGAUUAUAAUUCAAAUCCUUUUCGAAGCAUAGAACUUUGAUGAAUUCACGGCAGUCACGGUCGCUGAGGCUUGUUUCAUCUCAUUGUAAAUCCAUGGAAGUAGAGAUAAUAGAGCAGUCAUCAACAGAUUCUUCCAUGGACAACACACUGUACUGCUGCAUCGCGAAAGGAAAUAGAAUUCUCUACUCUUACAACAGCAAAGGCCGUGAGCUUGAGGCCCUGGCAGCCCUCUGCCUCGAGAAUGCCCCGCCCUUCCACAGAUGUUACUUCCACACUAUUGGGACAAGAACAUUUGGUUACUUGAUGGAAGGUGGAUGCACCUAUUUCGCCAUCGUCGACCCUAGCUUGGGGACUCUGGAGAUCCUUCGGUUCCUAAAGCACAUCAGAGAUGGGUUCAAGAGGGUCUCAAUGAAUGGUUUCCAUGAUGAAGCGGUGCCCAUCAUCCAGCAGUUGAUCAGCUCAUUGCAAAGAAUGCCCCAACCGGCGACAAUUUCUGUUGAUGAGAGCUUGGAGGGGAAUGUGUCAGGUGAUAGUUCCAUAUCUGGAUGGACCCCUUUACUUGGAAACAGCAAGCAUGAUAAGAGGAAGAUGAAGGAUAAAGUAGUUGAGACCCAUGAAGUUUGUGAAGACCUUAUAGACGGAGUAAAGCUGAACAUGCCACCAGAGCCAGGAGGCAGUAUGUCGUUGCAGAGGAGCUCGAGUUUGAUGAGGACUCAGAUACCGCAAGUUGGACAGAGGUUGUGGUGGCGACAUGUGAAAUUGGUUGUUGCUGCUGACGUUAUCCUUUGCUUGGUUUUGUUUGGUGUUUGGUUGGCUGUCUGCAAGGGUUUCAAGUGUAUUUCAGAUGCAUAGUUAAGUGAAUUAGAUUUGGAGAACAAGGAUGGUGCGAGAAUUGGAAGCAUGAAACACUUCAUUGGAUGUAAUUUUGAAAUGUUUAUUUGUUUAAAAAUGAAAGAUGGAUGCAACAAAACUAAAAUACAGUUGAUAUUUCUUGUUGCAAGUUUUCGGAAGAAUAGAUGAGGAGAUUUAGAUUUACUUGGCAGUUGUCAAGAUUAUUGAGAUAUUGUGUAUCUGUAUGUAUAUGUUUGCAUUUUUUUUUCUCCCUCUUUGGUGUUGCUACUGCGAUAAUAGCUGUUUAUAUGUAUUUCAUGCUUUUGGUUU